AUGAAUCUGGAACUCAGUAUUGUUAUCGCGAUCAACGAGAGAUCUUUUUGAUAAAAAUGUAAUUUAAAAAAUCGGGAAUAUUAUAGUAAAUUUUGAAAUAAGUGUGUAUAUUAAUAUUUACAGUUAUAUUUUGGACAUCAGCGGAUUUAAUCUUCAAUCAUGUUUCGUUACAUCAGGCCUAUUAAUCUUAUUAACUUGUUUAUUUGUUUUUUAGUAUUUUUGUGUUGUUUUCAUUAUCUAUCAGCCAAUGCUUGUGAUUUCGACGUUAAAUUGAAGCAAGUCCUCAAGAAUCAAGGGUUUCACAGGAAUAUAACCUACGGCAUAGUGUUCAACAGUGAUGAGGACCAGUGCUGGUUGUACAAGGACUGUGUCAUCGGGUUAGACCAGACGUUACCACAUGGAGUGUAUGCCAACCCUGAUGAGUUGAGCACUCUGAGGCGGAUGAGGAAGCUGAAUGCAGUACCCAAGAACCGCAUCAACACAGAGCUUCCCGCUGAGCACUCGUACCCCACCACCACAUAUAUCACGGAGAGGAUUAAAGACUGUAAGGUGUAUCUGUGGCUGCCUGUACACGCUCGGUAUCAUCUAGCUAUGCCUGGUGGAGGCAUGGCCAGAAACACCAUAGGUCCUCCGAAGCUAUACCUACGCUGUCCAGACGAGCGCUUAGAGAUGUGCAACAAGGAUGCUGCUCGCGUCAACUUCCUCUGUAACGGCAGCUCUAAGGAAAAGUGUAGCUGGAAAGAGUUACCUUAUACUUUGCUGACGGACACACUAGUGUGGCCGAUCCCCAUAGGCAACAUGGAGCACUUGCACGCGAUAUCAAUCGGCACGGCGGUGGUGGUCGCCGUCGGCUCGCUGUACCUCAUCAAGGCGAUACACGAACACAAGCUCGUUACUAUGGCUUUCAACCCUUAUGGAGCGAGACAUGAUUAGUGUCAUCCUCCAUCCUCCGAGCCUUUUUCCCAAACUAUGUUGGGGUCGGCUUCCAGUCUAACCGGAUGUAACUGAGUAUCAGUGCUUUACAAGGAGCGACUGCUCUAUCUGACCCCUCAACCCAGUUACCCGGGCAACACAUAAUUAGUGUACUUUUA